AUUUUUGUGUAUUACAUUAAAAAAAAAUAGUUCCUUCGUUUUAUCAGAUGAUGGUAAUAUUUCGUUUAGUGUGAUUAUAUUGUAACAGAGAGCGUGGAUAUUAACAAUAUUAAUGUAUUUCUAAAGCCUACCUUCUUAUUAUAAAGUAUAUGAGGGAGUUUUUUUUCAUUUUAUAUAUAUAUAUACAUAUAUAUAUAUGAUCAGUCAACAAUAUUUGUAAUUUGAGAUAGAUGUAUAAAAGUAGAUGAUGAUAUUCGGAUUUUAUUUUUUGCUUUUGUGUUCUCUAUUUUAUCGGUAAAAUUUUAUUAUAUAAAAUGGCUUAUAUUGAAAGUAUUCAAAUUGAUACUAAUUCAUCUAUCAUUCUUCAAUUGAAAACAACUGAAUGUUUAUAUAAACCUUGAAUUAAAUUUAUAAUGUUCUCUACGUUAUAAGACGAUGAUGUGAUUGAAAGGUCGAAUAAUAUAAUAUUUAUAAAAAAUUGUAUUCGUCUAUAUAUACUGGGCAUAUAAAUAUACGCAGUCAUUUAUUCUUGUGAAGGUUGAUAAGAAGUUUAAUAUAUCAUAGAAAAGUAGAAGCAUUUGUUACAAUGUCAAUCAACGUUGUGAAGUUUACUAAAUUAAGAACAUCUACAGACCCAACAUUCUGGGCAAAAUUUGCUGAAUUGAAGGUAGAUAAACUUCGAUUGGAUGAUAAAUCUGAAAUUAAAUUAUGGGGAAGGUAUUCUUUUAAUGUUCCUGAAAGUGAAAAAAAUAAUCCUUUAGUACUGGAUUAUAUGUCGUUUAAUGAAAAUGUGGAAUCGAAUUCAAUUAAUAACUCAAUAAUAUGUUAUGGUUAUAUGGUUAAUACCAAUACGUAUGAAGCAUUUCGAAAGAUUAAUCCGCAAAAUUUUAUUGAUUCAGUGGGAAAAUGUAUUAUUAAUGAUAUUAUGUCUGGUGCAGCAUUAGCAGAACCUUGGAAACUUGCUGUAUUCUUAAUAUUUUCUUAUGCUGAUUUAAAAACAUAUAGGUUUCAUUAUUGGGUAGCACAUCCAACACCUUUGUCUUUACCAGAAAUGUAUCAUGAAAAAAUACAGAGAUCUAUAAAUGACAAUUUCAAGAUCAAUCAGUUGGAUAAAUUGUAUGAAGGUUUUCAGCAAUUGGAUUAUAAACAGAAAUCAUUUUUUACUGUUUUUGUAUUCGGUAAUGAUAAUGUCAAAGUGAAUACUUUAAAUGAAGGUAUAAAAUAUAUUAAUGCACAAGAAAGUACAGUUGAGACAGAUUGUGAAAUAUAUUUUGCAUUCUAUAAUCCAUGCAAAAGUUUAGAACCUGGUUGGCAAUUAAGAAAUCUUUUAUGUUUAUUAUUUUGGCAUUGCUCCACAUUUUGUUUUACAAAGAGUAUACAAAUAAUAUCUCUAAAUAGAGAUGAUUUUAAAACGGCUGUUGUAUAUACUUUGAAAUGCAAAGAUUAUGCAGAACAAGAAAUUGUGAAAAAAUCUAUUUUUGACAGUCAUUUAGUUGGAUGGGAACAUAAUGAAAAUGGUAAAAUGGGUCCUCAAAUUGUUGAUUUAUCUGAGACUUUAGAUCCAAAUAAGCUAGCAGAAAAAGCAAUUAAUUUAAACUUAAAACUAAUGAAAUGGCGCCUUGUUCCUGAUUUGGAUCUAGAGAAGAUUAGCAAUCUCAAAUGUUUAUUGUUGGGUGCUGGAACAUUAGGAUGUUCAGUAGCUAGAGUACUCAUUGGUUGGGGAAUCAGCAAUAUUACUUUUGUGGAUAAAUCAACUGUUUCUCACAGUAACACAGUAAGACAAAGUCUUUACAUUCAUGAAGAUGCUGUGAAACGAAAAUUCAAAGUAGAUGCAGCUAAAGAUGCUCUUCUUAGGAUUCGUCCAACUAUGAAUGUACAUGGCAUUAAAUUACAAAUUCCAAUGCCUGGACAUGUCGUUGGACAAAGCAUGUUAAAUACAACUAAAGAAGCUGCGAAAAAAUUAGAAGAUGCUAUUGCUCAAAACGAUGUAGUAUUCUUAUUACUAGAUUCACGUGAAGCUAGAUGGUUACCAACUUUAUUAUGUGCAGCAAUGAAUAAAAUAACUAUCAAUGCAGCUUUAGGUUUCGAUUCUUAUAUGGUACAAAGACAUGGUGUAAGAAAUUUAACAGAUAUUCCAGUAUCAAAUGUGACCUCACAAAAUCCUGAUGGAAAGAAUCUUGGAUGUUAUUUUUGCAAUGAUAUAACACAACCAGGAAAUUCUCAAACAGAUAGAACUCUUGAUCAGCAAUGUACAGUAAGUCGUCCAGGAUUGUCUCAAAUUGCUGCAGGUUUAGCAGUUGAAUUAAUGAUCGCAAUAACUCAACAUUCACAGGGUUUAGAAGCUAAGGCACUAACACCUGGAAUUAAAAAUAAUGUCAAUUCAAAUAUCAAAGAUAAUGCAUUAGAAGGAUUACUUGGAGAUGUACCACAUACGAUAAGAGGAUCUCUUUGGGGAUAUGAAUCCUAUUUAACUAUUACACACAGAUUUUUUUCUUGCACUGCGUGUUCCAUACCUUUGAUAUCAGAAUACCAAAAGCGUGGCUUUGAGUUUAUACUUGAUGCUUGCAAUAUACCAAACUAUUUGGAAAAAUUGUGUGGUCUAGAAGAACUGUUGAAAAGACCGGACUUGGACGAGCUUUGUAAUUCUAUAGAUGCUUCUAGCGAAGAAGAAUAAUAGAGUAAAAUUGAUAACAAUCAAUUGCUCUCACAUAUUUUUUAUCCUAAUUUUUGUGUAUAUCUAAAAUAUAUUUGUAUAUUUACCAAAUUGGACGUUUAAAUAUUGAUGAUUAUUUAGACAUUUAUUAUAUUACCUGUGUACUUUAUAUACUUGCAAUAUAUUGUAUAACAUGAAUGUAAAUAUUGUUUAUUUUAAUCGUAUGAUAAUAAAUGUGAUUAAGAAAAAUAAGAAA